AUGGCAUCCUCGACAUCCGUUGCGAGGCUGGUCGCAUACCGUCGCCCCACGCCCUACCUGUUGACUUCUUCCCUCCGUGUGUCGCCCUUGGGGUCGACCGCAAACUUCUCCUCCUCGGUCUUCCGAGCUGCUACACCCAUCGGAGCUCCUCCGUCCGGGUUCCGUCUACCUGCGCCGAGGAAAUGGGAUCAGGAUCCUGAGUCGUCGCUGGACAAGGCCAGCAAGUACUUCCUGAUGGCCGAGCUGUUCCGGGGCAUGUACGUGGUGAUGGAGCAGUUUUUCAGACCACCAUACACUAUCUUCUACCCCUUCGAGAAAGGUCCCAUUUCCCCCCGUUUCCGUGGUGAGCACGCUCUGCGCCGUUAUCCUACCGGCGAGGAGCGUUGCAUUGCUUGCAAGCUCUGCGAAGCCAUCUGCCCGGCCCAGGCUAUCACCAUCGAGGCCGAGGAGCGUGAGGACGGAAGCCGUCGGACAACCAGAUAUGACAUUGAUAUGACUAAGUGCAUCUACUGCGGCUACUGCCAGGAGAGUUGCCCUGUUGAUGCUAUUGUUGAGACUUCCAAUGCCGAGUACGCCACCGAGACCCGCGAAGAGCUGCUGUACAACAAGGAGAAGCUCCUGGCCAACGGUGACAAGUGGGAGCCCGAGCUUGCCGCUACCAUCAGAGCCGAUGCCCCCUACCGGUAG